UUAAAGGAGCGCGCUUCCUCUCUCCUCUGUUGUAGCUUAGCACACACUACAAUCCCAUAAACUGCCCACUUCCCGAGCGCACACGUUAUCAACGCCGGAUCAAAACUUUGCCCUUUCCUGUUUUUCUCGUCAGUGGCAGAAUUGAUGGAAAUACAGAAUGGCAAUCAAAACAGAAACACAGUGUGAAGCUGCUACGAGUCGAAGUCAUAGCUGGCUCACUCCCAGGAAGUAAACCAGUCAGUACAGAACAGGUUGGCUCACACGCGUGUUCCAGUUUGAUAAAACUGUUUUAAAUGUCAUUGCUUCCUUAACCUCCCUGGAAUCUUUUAUUUCUUUCUUUCUUUUUUUGUAGAUUUCAUGACCUAUGGGGCUCAGAAAUGCAAAGAAUUGCAUGGACCCUCUCCUUUUUCUUCUAUCCCAGUUUACUAAAGGAUUUCAGGAUAUUCCAUCCCAAGCAGCCGUUGACACCAUGAUGCCGCAGAGGACCAUCUGUAGCACGCAGCCCGAGGACAAGACGACCAAGAAACACAAACUCCUCGCUCCUGACCGAAUGACAGACGGAUCUUUAUCUUUUUGUGACUUCGAUGUAAUGCCGCGAGAGGAGCUCGGAAGAUGGAAUCCCUCGAAGAAGAGUUCGAGCGCUUGCUGGCCCGGAUGACGUGGGGCGAGGUGGUGGAGACGGCCACGGCCUCUGUGGAGGAACUUCUGGGGACCCCGCAGCGGCCCCCGACUCCGACUCCGACUCCGCCUUCGCCCUCGCCCCCGCAUUCGCCUUCUCCAUCCCCUUCCCCUCCUCCCGCCGAGGACGGAGCCGAACCCGAACCAUUUUGGCUACAGUGUUACCUUGCCCCGAUACAAGGCCACGAACGGAUCGCUCCUGUUGGAGUAACGAACGGAGGAGUGUACGGCCUUCGCUCCACCUACUGGGCUCCAGUGGCCGCGCCUCAACCACAAAAGAGAAGGGUCGAAGAGGAGCCCCACAUUAAGAAGCCUCCGAACGCCUUCAUGGUCUUCAGGGCCGAGCAGAGGCCCCACAUUGUGGCCGAGCUGGGGACAGGAGACAGCUCGGCCGUGAACAGAGUCCUGGGACAGAGGUGGAAGUCGCUGUCCAAGGAAGAGCAGGCCCAGUAUUACGUAGUGGCGGACAGGGAGAAGGUGAUCCACAACCUGAUGUUCCCGGACUGGUCGGCCCGGGACAACUAUGGCAAAAAGAGAAAGAGGACCCGGACGGCUCCCACCAGGUGCUGAAGCAUCAGCGUCCCCCCCCCGCCUCCCCUCCCUCAACCUCCCUCCUGUCUCCUCCUGUCUCCUCCUGUCUCCUCCCUCCCCCCGGCCUCACCAACCUUCUUGGACUCCCAGGCCCUCCCAGUGGGACACCAUGCCAGGCCUCCCUCCCGGGUCUCCCCAUACCUUCCCUGGACUAUGCCUUCCCGCAAUGUGCACGUGAACAAAACAUGUCACCAAGUGCAAGGACGUGGCUCACUGGCGGUCUUUUUCUUAGCAGUGACUGCCUAUGGAGGAUGACAGAAAGAAGACAAUUUGCAUCCUGAGGCUCCCUAGUCAGUUAUUUUAUUGGUUUAUUCUUUUUCAAAAGAUUCAUGGACAAUUAUGAAAUUUGAAUCUUUUGAUCGCUUUAAUUCAUGUUGUGCAUAUCUGUGAGAGUUCAGCUGCAGGACAUGUGCCAUCUGUGUUUUUGCUCUGUUAUUUAUCAAUGGUGUACGAUAUUUGACCGAAAACCUCCUUAUAUUUUUUUACACAAUGAUGAGGGUCUAGGCUUAGUCUGCAAAUAAAAAAAUGAAUAUGGUUUAAGUUAUUAUCCAA